UCAGAAAUCAGACAACAAAUCCGUCCAUCCAUCAGUUCAAGCUCAACAAAAUUCAGUUGAAGUGAUUGGCUCACAUUCCGUUUCAACUGCACAACGAUUAUUCAAUUAUAAUCAUCCAUUGUACCAUUAUCAAGCUUUGCAACUAAACAAAGAAGAUGCCACGCAAUACACGCCAGAAGAAACGGGCCGAGCGUCGCGAGUUGUUCGCUGGCAAAGUCGCUGCCGAUGAUGCUAAAGUUGACAAGAUGACUUCCACAAAUGAGGAGGCGGUCGAAGUCGUCGCUGUCCCAGCUUCCGAUGAGUACGGCAAGGAAAACAAGGCCAAUGACAGCGAGCCGGACGAGAAUGCUAUGGGUGAUGGCAACAAUUGUGAUGCGAAUGGGGCAAGUAAUGUUUCUGAUAAUCAGGGUAUCGCCGCAACGGCUGCUGGUGCUCAGAAGAAAAUGAAGAACGCAUCGCGUGCAAAUCCGAUUCUGGUUGUAUUAAAGAACGCCAUGCUGCACCUGAGCGAUUCCCAGCUGCUUAAUGGCCCGCACUUUCUGAACGAUGCUCUGAUUGGCUUCUAUAUGGCCUAUCUGGAUGAGAUCAAGUACCAGUCGAACGGUGACUUUAUGUUUGUCACCCCCGAAUUGUCGCAAUCCUUGCCGUACAUGGACAAGCUGCAGUUGGAAACGGCGCUUGUUGAGGAGCGCAACGCUUGUCGCAAAUCGUUCAUAUUCAUAGCGGUGAAUGACGGAGACGGCCCGUCGAAGGAACGAAAGGGGGGCGUCUAUUGGUCGCUGCUGGUUGCGUCGCGGUCGGACAAGUGCUUCUAUCAUUUUGCCUCUUAUGGUGGCAACAAUACGGAAAACGCAAUGGAGCUGUUCAACACAAUUAAAGAUGUUGUCGAUAUGCGUCAGGCACGCUUUCGCAUCAUGCGGUGUCUGCAGCACAAGAACGACUACGAUUGUGGCGUUCAUGUCAUGUGCAUGGUCGAUCACGUCGCUGACUAUGUGAAUCGAUACGAUAGCGUUGAGGGUGUCUCCCAAUUGUCGCCUGAUGUGAUCAUGGCCAAGCGCGGUAGGUUCAUUAGACUGAUCACCUCGCUGGAUCCGCAAACUAAAUAUAAAUAGAAUUACCAGUCACAACAACAACAAUAUAUCAAUA